CAUCUUACAACAUAUCUAGUUAACCGGCUGCAUAGGCUUGUUGAAAGUUUUCAAGAGUCGAAAACCGAAAAUGGAUAAGGCAGGACGGUUGGAAAAGGGUGAUGCAUCCAAGGUCCCGGUGCCCGUUGGAGCAAACAGAGGGAUCUCGAUCAUUGAUCUUAUUUUGCGUCUUGUGGGUAUCGCGGGUACUUUAAGUGCCGCCAUUGCUAUGGGAACCAAUGAACAAACUCUACCGUUCUUCACUCGGUUUGUGCAGUUUAGCGCAGAAUAUGACGACUUUAGGUCUUUCAGGUUGUUUGUGGUUGUGAACGCGAUUCUGGCUGCGUAUUUUGUUCUCACUAUUCCGUUAUCCAUCGUUCACAUUAUGAGGAGUGCGGCAAGAGGAAGCAGGAUACUCUUGAUUAUCCUCGACACGAUCAUGCUAGCUCUUCUGACCGCUGGGGCAUCUGCCGCCGCAUCAAUUGUUUAUCUAGCUCACAACGGAAACAGUUCCACAAACUGGUUACCGGUGUGCCAACAAUACGGGGACUUUUGUCAAAUGGCAUCCGGUUCCCUCAUUGGGUCGUUUGGAGGAAUCGUCAUGCUUAUAUUAACAAUAUUGCUUGGUGCCAUAGCGUUAUCUCGACAAGCAAGACGUGUGCUUUGAUUUCUUCCCAAAUCUUAUGAUGUGGGUUACAUUUGUGUGUAAUUUUACCUUGUGUUUCAAUCUCGUGUGACAUAUUUGGAUGCAUUGUAAGCAAUUUAAACUUUCUUGUACUUUAUGUUCAUUUUACAUCAAAAAACAAGAUCAUUUGACA